AUGUUGUUCAUGUGGAUAACUGCCUUGAAGAUGAUAAGAUUUCAAGCCAUAUUUAGCAAGAAUGUGCGAGAAAAAUUAUUUACACAUACUGCUCAAGUUGUUGCUCUGUUAGUCUGGGAAGGACUUGGUCUUGGAGGAGGUCCUCCUGUUGGAAACUGGAGCAGUACGUCUGCAAAUAACAAAGUCCUUCUAGGGAUUGGUGGAGGACAUUAUGUGCCACGACAUACAGAUGUGAUAAAGAAGGACGGUUGUUGGGUGGGCCAACUCCUCUCUGGUUACUCCUUACCAAUGGAAGAUCCUGGUCCAUCGAAAGGUAAAGUAAAUGCACAUGAUAUUGCCGGAACUUGGAAACACUCAAUUAGAGCAGCAUAUGAUGCUACUAAAGCAGGUUUUCCUGGUGGAGAAAUUCUGGCACAUCUUGAUCAGAAGAGUUUCAAGAGCUGGCAAAAGAAUGCGAUUAUUGAAUUCCUAGGUGCACAGAACAUUAAAAUUGGCAAGCCAGGUGACUUUCAAAAAUCUUAAGCAAGUUACUUAUUAUUGGUGAAGUUGUUAAAGGUCAACAACUUCCAUACGUUUUUUGUGAUUAGAUGUAGAUUUAACAAUAUCGCUUUCGAAAGAUAUUCAAUAUUUGUUUUAUAUACACACACAUAAAAAGUACUAGUUUUUAAUUUUAUAUAUAUAGUGUAAAUUAUAAUUAUAUAUAUAUACCCUUGUCUCAA